UCAUCCAGCCGAUCUCCAUCCUCUAUCUCUUUCUUCGUGAGUGUCUCUAAUUAAAUAGCGUCCACUCGAUCUCUCUCGUGCGAGAAACACAGCAAAGUGGGAACACCCGCACUCACGCAUACAUCCCCUUAUCGGUCCGACCACAGCACUCCCUAGGAUCUACCACUGUGUGUCACUUUGAUCGGAGGAGUCGUCCAGCAUGUACCGGAGCUUGUCAGUUAGCCGGGACGGGGGCAACCCCGGCGGGAGCGGCGCCGCCGUGGCCAUGCCGGGUUACUUCAUGGCCUCGUUCUACCCCAUGGAGAUGGGCAGCGGCAGCGGCAGCGGCGGGGAUGCGUCCAUGGAUCGGGCCCUCAUCGCAUCCCGGAACCACCGUGAGGCCGAGAAGCGCCGGAGGGAGAGGAUCAAGUCCCAUCUCGAUCGCCUUCGGACCAUCCUUGCCUGCGACCCCAAGACAGACAAAGCGUCCCUUUUGGCAAAGGCAGUAGAACGCGUUAGAGAUUUAAAGCAGCAGACAGCCGAAAUCACAGAGACCCAGCUCUUCCCAACUGAAAACGAUGAGAUCGUUGUUCUUCCCUCCUCCAGCUCCAAUGGUCAAGGGUCAGUGUUCGAGGCCUCUCUAUGCUGUGAGGACCGGUCUGAUCUGCUGCCUGAGCUCAUAGAGACCCUCCGGUCCCUCCGCCUCAAGACUCUGAGAGCUGAGAUUGCGACGCUUGGUGGGAGGGUGCGCAACGUGCUGGUCGUUGCCAGAGAAAAAGAAGAGUAUGAGGAGGAGGCGGAGGAUGGCGAGGGUGCCGGUGGUGCCUUCCUGAGGGAUGCCCUCAAGGCUCUGGUGGACCGGCCAGUCUCCGAUGACAGGUCCAAACGGCGGCGUGUCCUGGACCGGAGUUUGGCCUGAGGACUACUCUACUUCUUCCUUGUGGUGAUAUUUGCUUUUGGCUUUGUGUUUGGAUUUGGAGCUUUUGCUUCUUCAUGGUGGUGAUUUAGGGUUUGUUGUGAGUGUCAGGUUUGGAGAGUGCAAGGAAGAAUGUCACUGUUAUAAGUUAUUAAUUUACUGUAAUAACAAUCUGCAGAGAAACUGCACUAGUGUUGAUCAA